UUUGGUGUCGUUGGGACGUGGCCAACAGACGUCGUAUACAAGGAUAAUCAGACCACGAGCAACUGCUGUUUGUGUUCCAUUUGGAUGCAAUGAAAUCCAAGAAAUCUGCCUUUGCCAAUACAUCAACAGGCUACGGUAAGCACAAGCAGAGCGGACACGGCAAAGGUCACGGUCACGGACACGGCGGCCACAAGGACAAGGCGGAGGACAAAAGCAAGGGUAACAAGGAUCAACAGCUGCAUGAGCACAAGGAUGAGCAAGACCAGGAUCUGAAUUCCGGCUUUGGGGAUUAUCUGCGCACGCCGGAGGCAUUUGAGAUGAUGAAACUCUUUGUCUUCGCAAACACCGUAAUGUUAAUUGUGACCAUGGCCUGGCCGAAUAUUAGGGAACAGUUCUAUAUGCUAAAUCAAUGGUGGGAAAGCUUUGGUGAACAGCAACAGCAACAAUAG